UCAUGAAACAAUCCACUCGAUUCGGUGGGCACAGCCACAUAGUCCUUUACCGUUCCUGGUUUCCUUUUUCCACUGCGGGACAAAGGCCCCGUAGAGAGAGAAGGCGAAGGCAAUAAUGGUGCACAGCGCCUACGACUCGGUAGAGCUCCUCAAGGGCUGUCCCGCAAGGAUCGAGGCCGUCGCCUCCUACGGCUCGAAGAUCCUCCUUGGAUGCUCCGACGGCUCCCUCCGGAUCUAUGCCCCCUCCUCCGCCCUCGCCGCCGGCGACGAUGGACCCCUUUCCCCCAACCCUGGGAUUCGGCGAGAGCCCUACAUCCUGGAGCGGACGGUCACAGGGUUCUGGAAGCGCGCCCUGGUCGCCAUGGAGGCUUCCCGGUCCCGAGAUCUCCUGCUUUCCCUCUCCGAAUGGAUCGCCCUCCACCGCCUUCCCAAUCUCGAGACGGUCGUUGCUAUCGGAAAGACGAAGGGUGCCAACGUCUUCAGCUGGGAUGACCGAAGGGGGUUCCUUUGCGUUGGUAGGCAGAAGAGGAUCGGAAUUUACCGCCUUGAUGGUGGUCGAGAAUUUGUGGAAGUGAAGGAGUUUGGUGUUCCUGAUGUGGUAAAGUCUAUGGCUUGGUGUGGGGAAAACAUAUGUUUGGGGAUUAGAAGGGAAUACAUGAUAAUGAACUGUACAACUGGUGCACUCUCAGAGGUUUUCCCUUCUGGGAGGAUUGCACCUCCAUUGGUGGUCCCUCUUCCUUCAGGGGAGCUUCUUCUAGGAAAGGAUAAUAUUGGAGUUUUUGUUGACCAAAAUGGGAAGCUUCUACAAGAUGGCAGGAUAUGUUGGUCUGAAGCCCCUGCAUCUGUUGCAAUCCACAAGCCAUAUGCAGUAGGCCGCCUACCAAGGCAUGUUGAGAUACGGUCCCUGAGAGCUCCUUAUCCAUUGGUUCAGACUGUUGUUCUCCGCGAUGUUCAUCUCCUUCUCCAAAGCAACAAUUGUGUGAUUGCUACACUAAGCAAUUCUGUUUAUGGCCUGUUGCCUGUCCCACUUGGUGCACAGAUUGUACAGUUAACUGCAUCUGGAGAUUUUGAGGAGGCCUUGGCUUUGUGUAAGCUUCUACCUCCUGAGGAUUCAACCCUUCGAGCUGCAAAAGAAAGCUCAAUACACAUGAGAUACGGGCAUUAUUUAUUUGAUAAUGGGAGCUAUGAAGAAUCAAUGGAGCAGUUUUUAGCUUCACAAGUGGAUAUUAACUAUGUGCUGUCUUUAUACCCAUCUAUAGUUCUUCCUAAGGUGCUGACUAUAGCUGAGCCUGAGAAGUUUCCAGAUUUGAAUGAUGAAUCACUUCUCUCAAGGGUUUCAUCUGAUGCCUCAGAUGAAAUAGAAUCAUCAUCACCAUCACAACUCCAGGAAUCUGAUGAUAAAUCAAUGCUUGAGAUCAAGAAAAUGAGUCACAAUGCUCUUAUGGCCCUUGUAAAGUACUUGCAUAAGAGAAGAUACAGUAUCAUUGAAAGGGCUACUGCUGAGGUAACAGAGGAGGUUGUCUCAGAUGCUGUGCAGGACAGUAUAACAUCUGAGCCAUAUCGGUCAAAGAGCUCAAGCAAGAAACGUCGUCCCACACAUAUCAGUUCUGUUGCCAGAGAGAUGGCGACUAUGCUUGACACUGCACUUCUUCAGGCUCUGCUUCUCACUGGACAGUCGUCAGGGGCAUUAGAGUUAGUGAAGGGUCCCAACUAUUGUGAUUUAAAGAUAUGCGAAGAGUUUCUAAAGGAAAGGAAUCAAUAUACAGCACUGUUGGAACUUUACAAGAGCAAUGAGAUGCACCGUGAAGCUCUCAGACUUCUCAAUCAACUAGUUGAGGAAUCAAAAUCCAGCUUUCCAAAUUCAGAGCUCACUCAGAAGUUCAGGCCAGAUAUGAUUAUUGAUUAUCUGAAGCCACUCUGUAGGAGCGAUCCAAUGCUUGUUUUAGAAUUCUCUAUGCAUGUCCUUGAAAGCUGCCCAACAGAAACUAUUGAGCUCUUUCUGUCUGGAAAUAUUCCAGCAGACUUGAUAAAUUCAUACUUGAAACAGCAUGCUCCAAACAUGCAGUCUACAUAUUUAGAGCUUAUGCUCUCGAUGAGUGAAAAUGGAAUCAACACAGAUUUGCAAAACGAACUGGUGCAAAUCUACCUUUCGGAAGUACUAGAUUGGUACAAGGAUCUGAAGGAACAAGAGAAUUGGGAUGAGAAAACUUACUCCUCGACUCGUAGGAAGUUGUUGACUGCUUUGGAAAGUAUUUCAGGUUAUAAUGCGGAGGCUCUGUUAAAGCGUCUUCCAUCAGAUGGUCUCUAUGAGGAACGUGCAGUAUUGCUUGGGAAAAUGAAUCAACAUCAGCUUGCCUUGUCUCUCUAUGUUCAUAAGCUUCAUUUACCUGCACUAGCACUUGCGUAUUGUGAUUGGGUUUAUGAGACAGGAUCACGUCAUCCGUCAAGAUCAUAUGCUAAUAUUUAUCUUACUCUUCUACAAAUUUAUCUUAACCCGCAAAGGACAGUAAAGGAAUCUGACCAAAGAACUACAAAUCCAGUACCUUCCCAGAAUAUUGGGACUCAAAGGAUUGGUUCUGCUAAGGUCAAGAGUCGCAUGGCUAAAAAAAUUGCUGAGAUUGAGGUGGCAGAUGAUACUCGCAUCAGCCCCAGCAGCACUGACAGUGGACGAAGUGAUGGUGAUGGAGAUGAAGUGACAGAAGGAGGAGGUCCAAUAAUGUUGAAUGAUGCACUUGAUUUGUUGAGCCAGAGAUGGGAUAGAAUCAAUGGUGCUCAGGCACUUAGACUAUUACCAAGAGAGACAAAGCUCCAGAGCUUGCUUCCAUUUCUGGAACCCCUUCUGAAGAAAUCUAGUGAAGGUCGCAGAAAUUAUUCAGUGGUGAAGAGCUUGAGAUACAGCGAAAAUUUGCAGGUAAAACAGGAUCUUUAUAAGUAUCGGCAAACUGCUGUGAAAAUUGAUGGUGAUAGCACAUGUUCCCUUUGCCGUAAACGGAUAGGGAGUAGCGUAUUUGCAGUUUAUCCAAAUGGCAAGACACUCGUUCAUUUUGUUUGCUUUAGAGACUCUCAGAAUAUGAAGGCUGUGAGAGGUGCACCUAGAAAGCAAUUGUAAUUUGUCCUUCGACUCCAAGUAUAAUCAAUCCCAUUUACAUACCAAGAAUUUUCAGUCAUCAAGGAAUUAAAGAUAGCAGUGCAUAGUUAUAUUUUGUACUCUGAGCAUCUUUUUUCAUUUUGUACUUUAUUGGCAUCAUCAGGAUUGUUACAUAGAAUUGAAUUGAUUUGAAAAGUUUUGAUUCUUAGUUUCUUUGCAGAUUAUGAAUCACCACAAUCCUGUGUUGUAAAAUACUGUGCUCUACGUUUGGU